UAACGGUCAGCUGUCUAUGCAGAACUUUCUUAAACCAAUCUCGGUCUAAGCAGUUUGUUGAAAACGCAGGUAAAAUAAAUAUAUGUUUUACAAACUUAGUUGUGACGACAUGAUGUUUAUGUGUUAGUUUGUUUUUUAUUUUUCUUGGUUAAUAACACGCUACAUUCUAUCAUCUUCGUCUUUAAAUGUGAUUUAUGUAAUGACAAAAACGAAACGCCAGCAAUUAGUUCAGUGCACUCAAGCUGCGUCGAAGCGUGUCAAGUUCGGACAGAGUUCAGUGUUCCUGCUUUUGAUGUGGUGUAACCUACCAGAAUGUCGGAAGCAGUGCCAGCGGCCUUCAGAAGCAUCGCCCAGAAACCUGGGCUGCAGAUCUGGACCAUUGAGAAAAUGAAAAUGGCCCCAGUCCCCGCACAAGCCUAUGGGAAUUUCUUUGAAGGAGACUGCUACAUUGUUCUAUGUGGACGGCAGAGCUCCUCUCAGCUCUCAUUCGAUGUGCAUUACUGGAUCGGGAACCAGUCCUCUCAGGACGAGCAGGGGGCGGCUGCCAUCCUGGUGACCCAGCUGGAUAAUUACCUUGGGGGGAGCCCCAUCCAGUACAGGGAGGUGCAGGACUGCGAGUCAGUCAAAUUCAAGAGUUACUUCAAGAACGGCAUUGUCUAUAAGAAGGGCGGUUUGGCGUCAGGGUUCAAACAAGUCGAGACAAACGUGUACAACAUCAAGCGGCUGCUGCACGUCAAGGGGCGGAAGAAUUUCUCCGCCACGGAGGUUGACGUUUCCUGGAACAGUUUCAAUGUCGGAGAUAUUUUCCUGCUGGACAUGGGCAAGGUGAUUGUCCAGUGGAACGGGCCUGAAAGCAACCGUCCUGAAAGGUUAAAGGGGAUGAUGCUGUCCCAGGAUAUCCGGGACAGGGAGCGAGGUGGGCGCGCUCAGAUUGGCGUCGUUGAUGGAGACAAUGAAGCCGCCUCCCCAGAGCUGAUGAAAAUCAUGACAGCAGUGCUGGGGCAGAGGACAGGGAGCCUCAAGCCAGCUACCCCAGACAACAGACCCGACCUGUAUCAGAAGUCAAAUGUGCGGCUCUACCAUGUUUCAGAUUCAAGUGGAAACUUGGUCGUCCAGGAGAUAGCCACACAGCCACUGACUCAGGAUCUGCUCAACUCUGAUGACUGCUACAUCGUGGAUCAGGGAGGGGUGAAGAUCUUCGUGUGGAAGGGGAAGAACGCUACCACUCAGGAGAGGCAGGCUGCUCUUGGGAGAGCUGAAGGUUUCAUCAAAGCAAAGAACUACCCGUCCACAACCAAUGUGGAAAUCAUGAACGAGGACGCUGAAUCUUCCAUGUUCAAGCAGCUCUUCAAGACAUGGACAGAGAAGGGGCUGACGCAGGGGCUGGGCAAGACCCACGCAGUGGGCAGGAUAGCUAAAGUCGACCAGGUCAAGUUUGAUGUCAUGGAGCUGCAUGCCAGACCUGACCUUGCUGCAAGAGAGAGGAUGGUAGAUGAUGGCUCUGGGAAAGUGGAGGUGUGGAGGAUUGAGGAGCUGGAGCUGAAGAAGGUGGAUCCCAGUACCUAUGGGCAGUUCUAUGGAGGAGACUGUUACCUGGUGCUGUACACAUACUCGCGAGGCCAGAAACCCCACUACAUUCUGUACAUGUGGCAGGGGCUGCAAGCUACUCAAGACGAGAUCACAGCAUCUGCAUACCAGGCUGUGAACCUGGACAACAAAUACAACGGGGAGCCAGUGCAGGUGCGAGUGACCAUGACCAAAGAGCCGCGCCACUUCCUGGCCAUCUUCAAAGGGAAGCUCAUCAUUUACCAGGGCGGUACAGGACGCGGAGGGAAGGCAGCUCAGGACCCUGCUUACAGACUGUUCCAGGUUCGAGGCACUGAUGAAUAUAACACUAAAGCAAGCGAGGUCCCGGCCCGUGCCUCCUCCCUCAACACCAACGACGUGUUUGUACUCAGAGCCGACCACGUCUGCUACCUGUGGUGUGGGAAGGGCUGCAGUGGGGAUGAGCGGGAGAGGGCGAAGAACGUGGCCGACAUAGUCUCCAAACGGGACAAGCAGACUAUCCUGGAGGGACAGGAGCCUGCAGACUUCUGGGUAGCUCUCGGAGGGAAAGCACCCUACUGCAGUGAUAAGAGGUUCCAGGAGGAGAAGCCGCAGCGGGUGCCACGCCUCUUCGAAUGCUCCAAUCAGACGGGCCGCUUCAUGAUGACAGAGGUCUUUGAUUUUGCCCAGGAGGACCUCGAUGAGACGGAUGUGAUGCUUCUGGAUACCUGGGAGGAGAUCUUCCUGUGGAUCGGUAAAGCUGCCAAUGAUGUUGAGAAGAAGGAGUCCCUGACCUCUGCCGCGGAGUACCUGAAGACACACCCGGCGCAGCGAGACCCUGGCACACCCAUCACCACGGUGACACAGGGCCACGAACCACUCACCUUCACUGGCUGGUUCAGCGCCUGGGACCCUCACAAGUGGAGCGAUUCUCGCUCCUAUGAGGACAUAAAGAACAGCUUGGGGGAUGCUUCUGCAAUCUCCCAGAUCACUGUGGAUCUUAACAAGACAGAUCUGAACAGAGGAAAGGGAGGUGCUUCCAAAAGCCCUGCCAGUGGAUAUAGCGCCCCUGGAGGUCCCAGCACUCCAUUAAACACAGCUACAAAGAACAAGCCUCACAGUGUCAAGACAGACAAGACUGAUGGGAGGAGUCCUGCUGCGGCCAAUGGCAGGACCACAGGAUACGACCCAGAGCUGCUCAUCAACAAAACAGCAGAGGAGCUGCCAGAGGGGGUGGACCCCUCCAGGAAAGAGGACUACCUGUCGGAUGCUGACUUUGAGAACCUGCUGGGCACGACCCGUUCCGAAUUCAGCACCAUGCCAGCCUGGAGACAGAAGCAUUUAAAGAAAACAUCUGGCCUUUUCUGAGAGGUGCUACCAAUUCAUAGCCACGCCUCCCACAAGGAAAGUAGCCGCGUGAUUGGGCUACCAUAUGACUCCAUGUUCACUGGGACAGUUCAGGCUUUUCAACUCACAUCGCAAUGCAUUCUGGUACGUUGACUUGUCUUGGGUACCAACAGGACUACAUUUCCCAGAAUGCAUUGGGUGUGAGUUGAAAAGCCUGAACUGUCCCAAACUGCCCUACUGCAGGGUUCCUGGUCCUGGGGAACCCUGUGUCUGCUGGUUUUCAACCCCGGUCCUGGGGAGCCCUGUGUCUGUUGGUUUUCAACCCCGGUCCUGGGGAACCCUGUGUCUCUGCUGGUUUUCAUUCCAGCUGAGUUCUCAAUUACUUGCUCAAACCUUUAAUUGAACUAAUAAUGUGCUUAAUUAGACCUUUUAAUUGUUCUCAGCGCCUAAAAAGUUGCCGAUUUCAAGUUACUUGUAUAGUUAACUUGAAAUCUCCAACCGUUUAAAAGCUGAAAACAAUUAAAAAGGUCUAAUUAAGCUAAUGAAUAGUUCAAUUAAGGGUUUGAUUAAGUAACUGAGAACUCUGUUGGAAUGAAAACCAACAGACACAGCCGCAGUGUACAGAGUCAUAUGGUAACCCUAUGUGUGAAGUGUGUGCGUUACAGAAUGUUGAACGUGUUUUAAAAUGUUUCGAAAAACCAUGAGGUCAAACAAAGAGCUAUAUGUAUUUUACAAGAUAAUGUUUUUAUUGCAGAUAACAAAAAAAAAUCUAUGAGUUAUGCACAUGAAACUGAGCUAAUUGUAUUGUCUAUUUCUUUAACUUUUUCCAAAGAUAUAUUUUGUAAUGUACUUCAGAUUCCCUUUUGGAAAAAGUAAUCCACACUUCUGUUACAGCAAAAAAAAAGAGUUUAUUCAUACACAGCAAAGGGACUCGUUAGAGUAGGUAUUGAUCAAUUAAUUUGGAUGCAAAAUAUUGACGAAUCGAAAAUUUUUAAUCACCACUUAUAUUUUUUAAAUAUUUGAAUACAGCAUUGUAGAGAUCAUUCAUUGCAUUGAUAACAUUGUCUUUAGUGAUUUGAAUACAACAAUGUAUAGAGAUCAUUCAUUGCAUUGAUAGCAUUAUCCUCAGUGAUUUGAGUACAGCAAUGUAUAGAGAUCAUUCAUUGCAUUGAUAACAUUGUCUUUAGUGAUUUGAAUACAACAAUGUAUAGAGAUCAUUCAUUGCAUUGAUAGCGUUAUCCUCAGUGAUUUGAGUACAGCAAUGUAUAGAGAUCAUUCAUUGCAUUGAUAACAUUGUCUUUAGUGAUUUGAAUACAACAAUGUAUAGCGAUCAUUCAUUGCAUUGAUAGCGUUAUCCUCAGUGAUUUGAGUACAGCAAUGUAUAGAGAUCAUUCAUUGCAUUGAUAGCGUUAUCCUCAGUGAUUCUAAACUUCUAAGAUCACUAUUGCUUCUUGUGAUCUGACUGGAUCAUAACAAUGUCUUCUUACAUUCUCUAUUGCAUUGUGUGUUAGUUUGAGACUUUUAUUUAGAUUCUAUUCAAUCAAAUGCCAUUUUUUUAAUUUUUAACUUUCAUGAAAUGUUUUAAGAUCCUAAGAAAUAUUCUUUUACAUGUAGAAAUGUCAGUAGUCAAAAUGUCCCUAAACUGGUAUAGUAAUGUGUGGACAGUAGGAUAUUCAGAAAUGCGGCUAUACUGCGUUUGAGGUCUGUCCACAUAGUUAAAUUUCUCUGUUUGAAAAUAAAUAACAAUUAACAAA